AUGAGGUAUCUUUACGAUGCACAUCAAGGAGUUACAAAAACACGUGAGAAUGCUGCGUCAUUAGUAUGGCGGCCAGGACUAUCACACGACAUCGAUGAAAUGGUUAGGAACUGCAACCUGUGCAGUAAAUACAGGAAAAAGACAAUCGAGCCGAUGAGGGGCACUGCAUUUCCAAAAAGGCCCUGGUCAAGGGUUGGUGCAGACUUCUUCAACCACAAGGGCCACAUGUAUCUACUGGUAAUCGAUUACUUCUCACGUGAUGUCGAGAUAUGCUUGGUAAGCAAGAGUGUGAACACCUCCGAGACCGUGCUGAAGAUGAAAAAGGUGUUCAGUAGACAUGGCAUAUGUGAUACAUUGUUUUCUGACAAUGGACCACAAUUUGACUCAGAUGAGUUCAAGCAGUUUCUUACACAGUGGGGAUGCGAGCACAUCACGUCGUCUCCAGGCUACGCGCAAUCAAACGGCGAGGCUGAGCGAGCUGUUCAGACCGUGAAGUCCAUUUUGAACAAGUGUGAUGACGAAUACCUUGCUCUUCUCAACUACAGGAACACACCUCUCCACAAUGGUUAUUCUCCUGCACAGCUGAGCAUGGGUCGAAAGCUUAGAACACGAAUUCCGUGUCACCCAGAUGAGCUGUUGCCCAAACUGCCAGACUACGUCAGUUUGCAGAAAAGGGAAAUAAUAUACCGAGAGAGAAUCUCCCGCAACUAUGAUCGCAAACACAGAGUUGUGGAAGGUGAGCAACUGUCACCUGGAGAUAAGGUGUGGAUCCCAGAUCAGCAAACCGAAGGCACGGUGGUAAGAAUGCACAGUGCUCCUAGGUCGGUACUGAUACAGACACCCAAGAGCACUGUCAGGCGUAACCGUCGCAUGGCAAGGGGGUUGCUGCCCCCCACAUCCAGUCAAAACAUGCAGCCUCAGUCAAAAUGCAUUGCUGUCCCAACGGAGCUGACCGCACUACCCGAGGGUCCGGGACCGGUGGAAUCGUCAUUGGGUGAACACGUGCCAACCGUUCUCAACGAACAGCCAGAGACACUAUCGGAGCCACGGCGGUCUGAGAGAAUGCGCAGGCCACCACGCAGAUAUGUUGAGGAGUACUAG